AUGGAACCAUAUGAGCGUUUAGCUCUGCUCCGACAGGAUUUAUUCCUUCUGAAUGAAAAGUCUGAAAAAACAAAAUUAUCAAUCAGAAAGACGCUAAAGGAAAUAGUUGUGGAUAAAAAAACACCCCCAAAGGUCCUGGCCUCCAUCGAGCAAGCCAAGGCCGAGAUUUCAUCGAGCAGAAUAUUACAGUUGACUCUGGGAGUUGGCGAGCUGAAGCUUCCUGAGAAGCUGAAGUACAAGUACAAGAGCGCAUACGAAACGUUCAAGCUCACAUCGACCAUCAUUGUCACGCUGUUCACCCUUUUGAACCUGCUGAUCUCCCAGAGCAAAAUUAUGGACACUCUGCAAAUUCUCACACAAAUGUACAUAUACUCCACGCUCACCAUACGAGAGCACAUUUUGAUCAACAACGGAAGCCACAUCAAGAAAUGGUGGAUACUCCACCACUACAUAUGCAUUGUCAUAACGGGAAUGAUGCUGACCUGUCCGGAAGAGUCUUUUUCCCUUAUCAGAACCCCCGUGCUGAAGUUUCUUUUUCUUCUUUCGUGCUCGCAGGUUGUCCAGUACCAGUACCAGAUGCGAAGGCUCUACGUUCUGCGCGCUCUGAAGAAAGCAGACCCCUUGGAAAUAACGAGCGAUGUGAUGAAUGUCUCUCUUAUUGCGAACUUGUGGGUGGCCGUUGCAAUUCUUGUGCUAUUCCAGUUUAUCCAGAUAUACGUGUCGUACUACAUAUACACACUGCACGUAGUUCACAAAUGGACGAACUAUCAGCCGCUUAUUGGGGCCAUACUGAUAUGUGUGAUGGCUUUUGGGAAUAUGUUUACGAUUUUCUACACGUGCUACAACAAAGGGCUUAUACAUAAAUAG